AUGUUUAUGUGGUGGUCUGCUGUUUUGCUUCUUGGAUGCAUUUUGCUGGGAGCAGACGGGUGGCCAGUCAAGGAAGGAUACGACUUUAGGCCCUAUCAGCCUCUAGUAAGAUUACGGCACAAGCAGGAAAAGAAUCAUGAAAGCUCAAGAAAUAAAGGGUACUUUGGUCAGGAUGGCCAUUUUGGAUCAUGUGAAAACAAGUACUGUGGUCUGGGCAGACACUGCGUUGUGAAUGGGAAGACUGGCCAAGCCGAGUGUCUGUGCAUGGAGCACUGCAAACCACAUUACAAACCUGUGUGUGGGUCUGAUGGAGAAUUCUAUGAAAACCACUGUGAAGUGCACAGGGCUGCUUGUCUGAAAAAGAAAAAGAUCACCAUUGUACACAAUGAAGAUUGUUUCUUUAAAGGGGAUAAAUGCAAACCUACUGAAUACACUGAAGUGAAAAAUAUGUUACUGGAUCUACAAAACCAGAGAUACAUUGCACAAGCAAAAGAUAAACCUGUUGGUGAGAAAAUGGCGUUAAAGAAAGUUCUUGUAGAUCAAAUGUUCAAUUAUUUUGAUUCAGACAACAAUGGACUUGUGGAUACUAACGAGUUGUCUCAGGUAAUAAAACGGGAUGAGCUUGGCAAGGAACCGUCUGACUGCUCUGUGUUUGAUUUGCUGAAAUAUGAUGAUUAUAACAGUGACAAGCACCUAGCUCUAGAAGAAUUCUAUAGAGCUUUUCAUAUAGUUCAGCUGAAUCUGCCUGAAGAUCAAAAAAUAAGCACCACUGCAGCAACAGUGGGACAGAGUUGUGUCUUAAGUUGUGCCAUCCAGGGAACCCUGAGACCUCCCAUCAUCUGGAAGAGGAACAAUGUCAUUCUGAACAGCUUAGAUUUGGAAGAUAUCAGUGAUUUUGGAGAUGAUGGGUCCUUGUACAUCACUAAAGUUACCACAACUCAUAUGGGAAAUUACACCUGCUAUGCUGAUGGGUAUGAUAAGCUCUAUCAAACUCAUAUUCUCCAAGUGACUGUUCCACCAGUUAUCCGAGUCUAUCCAGAGAGCCAGGCGAGGGAGCCAGGUGUGACAGCUAGCCUUCGGUGCCAUGCUGAAGGUAUUCCCAACCCACAACUUGGCUGGCUGAAGAAUGGAAUUGAUAUCACUCCAAAGUUGUCCAAACAGCUAACUCUUCAAGCAAAUGGUAGCGAGGUUCACAUUAGCAAUGUGCGCUAUGAAGAUACAGGAGCAUACACUUGCAUUGCAAAGAAUGAAGCAGGGGUGGAUGAAGAUAUUUCUUCUCUCUUUGUGGAAGAUUCUGCUCGAAAGACACUUGCAAACAUAUUGUGGAGAGAGCAAGGUCUGGGAAUUGGGAACAUGUUUUAUGUUUUUUAUGAAGAUGGCAUCAAAGUAAUACAACCAGUGGAAUGUGAAUUUCAGAGGCAUAUUAAGCCUAGUGAAAAACUCCUCGGUUUUCAGGAUGAAGUUUGUCCCAAAGCAGAUGGUGAUCCUGUUCAGCGGUGUGUUUGGGCAACUGCUGUUAAUGUAAAAGACAAAUUCAUAUAUGUGACUCAGCCCACACUUGACAGAGUUCUCAUUGUUGAUGUACAGUCUCAGAAAGUUGUACAGGCAGUAAGUACAGAUCCUGUUCCGGUGAAACUACACUAUGAUAAAUCGCAUGAUCAAGUCUGGGUGCUGAGCUGGGGAAACCUGGAAAAGAAUUCACCAACUUUGCAGGUGAUAACGCAAGCCAGUGGGAGUGUUUCUCACCACACAAUCCAUACUCAGCCGGUGGGAAAGCAGUUUGACAGAGUGGAUGACUUUUUCAUUCCAGCGACAACCCUUAUCAUUACCCAUGUACGGUUUGGAUAUAUUCUUCAUAAGGAUGAUCCCACGCUCCAAAAAAUUGAUCUGGAAACAAUGUCAUACAUCAAGACAAUUAGUUUAAAGGAUUAUAACUGCGUUCCUGAGUCACUGGCUUAUACACAUCUUGGAGGAUAUCUUUUCAUCUGCUGUAAGCCUGACACCACUGGGGCUGUCCUACCGCAGCUCAUAGUGGAUAGCGUUACCGAUUCCGUGAUUGGAUACAAUGGUGACGUGACGGGCACGCCACAUAUCUCUCCAGAUGGACAUUACCUUCUCAGCAUCGAUGAUGCCAAAGGCCUCAUGAGGAUCCAGUCCAUAACAGUGAGAGGAGAAAUACAGGAUGCGUUUGACAUUCACACUAAUUUGCACAUAUCUGAUGUGGCUUUUCAGCCGUCCUUCACUGAAGCUCAUCAAUACAAUGUCUACUGCAGCUCCAGCACGCAAACUGAUGUUCUCUUCAUGGAGCUCUCCUCUGGCAAGGUGAAGAUGGUGAAGAGUCUGAAGGAGCCCAUCAAGGCAGGUGAAUGGCCUUGGAACAGUAAGAACCGUCUUAUAAAAGACAGUGGCCUUUUUGGUCAGUAUCUCAUGACCCCUUCCAAGGAGUCUCUGUUUAUCCUGGAUGGACGGCUCAAUAAGUUAAAUUGUGAAAUCACCGAAGUUGAGAAAGGCAACACAGUAAUUUGGGUUGGAGAAGCAUAA